UGUGAAUGAAUGAAUGGAAUGAAAUGAAAUGAAUACUAUAGCUACUACACAUCUACUAGUUCAUUUUGUGAGAAGAUAAAAAAAGAAAGAAAUAGUAAUAAUAAUAAUUAGUGUUUUGGGGUCCAUGCAUGGCAAACUCAUUCAACCCUUCUUCUCUUCUUCUCAAAACAAAGCCUCGUCUCUCUUCUUAUCUCUUCACCCUCUUAUCCAUCAUCCUCUUCACCGCCAUCAUCCUCAACACCCAUGACUUCCUCUUCAUCUUCCGUCCACAUCUCCAACAGCUCCACCCCAAAACUGAAACCAACACUGUACUCUUUUCAACGGUGACUCAGUCCAACAACACCGUUCAAGAGGUGGAGAAAAAGGAAGAAGAAGAAGAAGAAGAAAAAGAGUGUGAUUUGUUUAGUGGAACGUGGGUGAAAGAUGAGUUGACACGGCCAUUAUAUGAAGAAUCUGAGUGUCCGUAUAUACAACCACAGUUGACUUGUCAAGAACAUGGCCGGCCGGAUAAAGAGUACCGCCGGUUGCGGUGGCAGCCUCACGGUUGCGAUCUUCCCAAAUUCAAUGCCAGCUUAAUGCUAGAAACACUUCGUGGGAAGAGGAUGAUGUUUGUCGGGGACUCUCUCAAUCGGGGUCAGUAUGUCUCUUUGAUAUGUCUUCUCCAUCAUCUCAUUCCCCAACAUGCCAAAUCGAUGGAAACCUUUGAUUCUCUCACUGUCUUCACAGCCAAGGAAUACAAUGCUACAAUUGAGUUCUAUUGGGCACCUUUUCUUCUUGAAUCAAACUCCGAUAAUGCUGUCAUCCAUAGGGUAACUGAUAGAAUUGUAAGAAAGGGUUCAAUCAAUAAGCACGGUCGUUAUUGGAAAGGCGCAGACAUUUUGGUAUUCAACACCUAUCUUUGGUGGGUAACCGGCUCCAACAUGAAGAUAUUGCUUGGUUCUUUUAAGGAUGAAGUAAAAGAGAUUGUUGAGAUGCAAACAGAGGAAGCCUAUCGCAUGGCUAUGAAAAGUAUGCUUAGAUGGGUGAAAAUGAACAUGGAUCCCAACAAGACUAGAGUCUUCUUCACCAGCAUGUCGCCUUCUCAUGGAAAGAGCAUAGAGUGGGGAGGGGAACCAGGAGGGAACUGCUACAAUGAAACAACUCCAAUUGAAGAACCCUCAUAUUGGGGAUCUGAUUCAUUGAAAAGCAUAAUGCAAGUAAUUGGAGAAGAGUUCAGAAAAUCAAAAUUUCCCAUAACAUUUCUCAAUAUCACUCAACUUUCCAACUACCGUAAAGACGCACAUACAUCAAUCUACAAAAAGCAAUGGAAUCCAUUGACUCCAGAACAACUAGCUAACCCUGCUAGCUACUCUGAUUGUAUACACUGGUGUUUACCUGGACUUCAAGAUACUUGGAACGAGCUUCUAUUUGCCAAGUUAUUUUAUCCUUGAAACAACACCAAAAUUGAACAGAUUUCUUGGUUCACACGUUGCUUGAAGAUUUGUAAAUUGGAAGAUAAAGCAUGUGGGUAUGAUUAUUUUUUAUUUUUUUUGGUUAGAAAAUGAGCUAUAGGGGUUUUACAUGAGAAAAUUGGAUUGAUUUUUUUUUUCUUCUUCCACUUUAACAAUGCCAAAUUCAAAUGGUGCUAACAUAUGUACGGGGAAAUGAAUUGCUAUUCUUCAUUUUGUUUUAGCUUUUGGCAGAGAAAAAUUCAUUAUAGAUAUAACAUUUUACAUGUCUUGAGAA